AUGGUCAAUGACUACCAACCCGACGAAGGACCUUGCCCUACAGACCUGGCACCCAAGGACCUGGGGCACCGUAUCCUGCCAGACAAAAUGGCAAAUAAUCUUUAUACGUCCUGGAAGGCCCUUAUACCCACAUUGGUAGAUCCCCAUCUCAAGUACUCAGCAAGAACCCAUGGGCACCCUCUUGCAGAAAUAUGUCCGGUCAUAUCUGCCUGCGCAAGCUCCAGUUGCGUACAGCAAAGAUUCUCUAUAGUCUGUCUCUUUUCGACCGUAAGCAUCCUCGUACACCACGGCCUUUUUCCAACUGCACCAUCUCAACCACGCAUGGCAGUCUCCACAGACCUCCUUGCGUUCUACCGGGCAUUAUUUGAGCGUUCGUGUGAUGCUAUCCACACGCUCGCCGCCGCCCUGAAGACCCAUUAUGCCCGCCGAGGCUUCCAGAUGACCAAUACCGCCGGCCAAGUCGUUCAAGAGCCAUUUCGGCGUGGACUCGGCCAAGCUACUGAAGCCGCGGUACAAAUAUGUCGAGAGCGUGUCUACGAGGCUCGUAACCCUCAAUGUAACGAGGAGGCUAACCUUACCUCCCUGCAUCAAGGCCAAUGUGCUGCCAUCCUAAUGCAGCGCUGUCCAGCAUGCUUUGGAGGUGUGCUAUUUGGCAGGCCACUUAGUGAAGGCGGAGAUAUACACGUGGCAACUGAUGGUAACUUCCAUCAUCGUCAUCGACGAUCCGCAGGCGACUGCCCGCGCUUCUACGAACCCUUGUAUUUCCUUCCGAAGACCCAGGUUGAUGACAUUCGCACUUCUGUAGUCCCGGAUGAAGCAAUUGAUCAGUGCGAGCAUUCAUACGAAGCCACAGAUGGUAAGAAGCAGAAGGCCGCCAUGGAAUCGUUUGAUGAUUCGGGCAUCAUGGCCAUUAUUUGUCGUCACGACAUCCCUCUCUUCUUUGCCAAUAUCGAUUCGCCUGGCGAGCAGCAAAAGUAUGCAGUAUCCCUCAUCGAGCACCUAUUUUCCCUCUUACCACAGGAAGCUACCAUCGUCAUGCUCUACGACGUCGGCUGCGUCCUCUCACGCUCAUUAUCUCAGUAUGAUAUUCUUCCCGAGCCUGUGACCUCGCGGCUUCGAUUCGCGAUGACAGCCAUGCACGCAUAUGGCCACGAGUGGGCCUGUCAACUGGAGUAUAACCCUCGGAUGUGCAGUGGCCUUGGUCUGUCUGAUGGCGAGGGUACUGAGAGGCUCUGGUCGAGGUUUGUCAAGCUGAUCGGAAUUCAACGGUCAUCGUCUCGACAGAGGCGUCUUUGGUUGAUAGACCGCCAGGCCGUUGCCAUCGGACUGGAGAUGCGAACAGAUCUGGGUGAAUGGAUCAAGCGGUGGCUCAAACGUGGUGUCAAUGCCCAGGGUGCAGCGGCUAAAGAUGUCCUGAAUAAGUGCGGUGUCGAAAUCGAAGAUCUUGAGGAUCAAUGGGCGGAUCAAAAAAGGUCACAACUCUCCAUUCGUGCCCAUGCUCCAGCACGCCUGAAGAAGGAGCUCGACGUUGUGCUUACUCUCCAAGCUGACCUCGAUGCUUCUGAUAGGGCCUUGCAAGCCAUGCGCACUGUGGUAGAGAAGGGCUUGGUUACCGAGGAGACACUAGAUGCACUAGAGAGCCUCAAGCGCAGCCAUGACCAUUUGAUGAACAAGGUUGAAUUAUUGUAUGCCUCACUUAACGUCCACGACAGAUUUCCUGAACUCCAAGGUGUCGACUUAGACUUCGUUCGAACUCUUCUCAUGGCUUGUGACCUCAAAAUAAACAUCUGCAAGCGAGCCAUAGGGAGCUUUUUUGAGUGGGAUAAACUCAACCGCGCGGUUGGCGGUGCAAAUCAGGCCCUUGGCACGAAGCUCCAUCAGCAGACUCGCAAAGCCAUCGCAAAGCGCCAACCAGCUUUGAUGACUGCGAUCCGCAAGUAUAAUGGCUACUGCAAGCGUCUUGAGGGCCUCUAUGACCCAUCUUGGGGUGUCCCGCUCCCCGCUCCUCUUCCUACCAAACUCGCUGACCUUCGAAAUGAUCCGACGUUGAUGGAGGACGUUUGGAUCACCCCAUCCGUAGGAGAUGUCCCCCGUUGGAUGGAAGACACCGAUGAACAGCGCCGUCUUGGGUUCGAAGCCGACAAUCUCUGUCGAUGGUUUAGAGACGAGUUGGCUGCGCUAGAGGUUGCCCUACGUUCUCCCGCAAAUCGCACAUUUUUAUUUCCGCUGCAGCAAUGGCGGGAUCACGUCCUCCAACUUCAAACUAAAUGGGUCACCCCGCUAGCGUCUUCUAUCCGCUUCAUCAGCAAUGUCACAGUGGCGACUAAUCUCGCGAUCACUCUUUGUGAGGGACUAUCAGAAGAUGGUAUCUACAGGCUCGUACCAACCUCAUUGGCGCUCGAUGAACCCUCCCCCGAGGAUGACACAGACAAAGAUAUUGUGCCUGCAUUCAAAGAAGCCGUUGAAGAAGCGGUGCUUAUGGAUGUUUUACCCCAUGGUACCAUUAGUGAUGACGAGGAUGAUGAAGUCAUACCAGAACCCGAAUUCACGAUAAGCUGGGAACUGCCAGAGAAUCUUCGGAAAGACACAUUCAAAGUUCCUCGCCGAGAGGAUCUCGUCAUAGUACCAUCCUCAAGUGCCCCCCCGACUCAGGUGCGACCAGCGCAGGAUGGUUUUCCCUGUCAACUGUUCGACGCAAGGGAUCAGUCCUUCCUGGCACAGCCCACUGCCCGCCUCAACGAUACGUGUAUCAAUGGUUGUGCGGCAUUGUUAUACUCUGAGAUACUGGCAACUUCACAAAUGCGGCCUUGUGCCAUUUUUUCGACACACGACCUCCCGCGUAUCCGAUACAAUGCGUCGGAUGAGAUACUAUGGCGGAAUACUGCGUGGACGUCCUUUUGGGACAAAGAUGUAUGGAUAUUACCUAUUCACCGUCCCUCACCAGUCGGACACUGGGUACUCUGCGCAAUAUAUAUCCCAACAAAAGAGCUCCACCUCUUCGACAGCUUGGCUGAACGACGGCCGUGGAAAAAUGAUGUGAAGGACAUUAUGAAUCUUAUUGCGCGUUUAUCAUCCAUCGCCCAGCAACGCCGUGGCUCACACCCUGUCGAUCUUACAGGCUGGGUAGCCUGCCCGCUAACAGUCCAUCCUCUACAAACUAACAGCUACGACUGUGGGCUCUGGGUCCUAGCGGCACUUGCGGCCGUCCUGAGGGGGGCUCACACACCAGGUAUAUACGAGAAGGACAUGAUAUCAUUUAGACACUAUGUACGUACACUUGUAGUAAGGAUACCUGCUCCAUGA